AGACAUGCUACGUUUUCUUCCAUCGCUGAGUUUCAGCACGGCACACCCUGGAAUAGAACCAUCGUCCACAAAAUUGAACACACCCAUUUGAUUAAGGUUCUUCAAUACACUGAAGCAAUACACGGUAAAUGGUCCUUCCAUGAGAUACGGGCAGUGUUUGCCCGAAGAUAUCUGUUGCAGACGACCGCCGUCGAAGUUUUCCUGGCUAACAGAACAUCUGUAAUGUUCAACUUUCCUGAACAAGCCACCAUGAAGAAAGUUGUGAAUUUCCUUCCAAAAGUUGGAAUUGGUACUGGAUAUGGAUUACCACAAACAACUCGGAUAUCGCUUGCCAGUCCACGUCAACUUUUCAAGCAAUCGAACAUGACCCAGAGAUGGCAGCAGAGAGAAAUUUCCAAUUUUGAGUAUUUAAUGUUCCUCAACACAAUAUCAGGUCGGACCUACAAUGACUUGAACCAGUACCCAGUGUUCCCAUGGGUUCUUACUAACUAUGAAUCUGCUGAGUUGGAUCUUUCCCUUCCAAGUAAUUUCAGGGACAUGACAAAGCCAAUUGGAGCAUUGAAUCCGAAACGCAAGACUUAUUUUGAAUCAAGAUACGAGGCAUGGGAGGAUGCGAAUAUUCCAAAGUUUCAUUACGGAACUCAUUAUUCAAAUGCUGCUUUUACUUUAGGAUGGCUAAUGAGAAUGGAACCGUUCACUUCUCUGUUUCUCAACCUUCAAGGAGGAAAAUUCGAUCACGCUGACCGUACGUUUUCAUCUGUUCUUCAAUCAUGGAAGAACUGUCAGAGAGACUCGCACGAUGUUAAGGAACUGAUUCCAGAAUUUUUCUAUCUCCCUGAAAUAUUUUUGAACAGCAAUAAUUAUUCUCUCGGGGUGAACAGUGAGAAAGUAGAAAUCGACAAUAUCAAGCUUCCACCUUGGGCUGAUUCUGCUGAUGAUUUUGUAAAGAAGCAUCGAAUGGCAUUGGAGUCUGAGAUAGUAUCAUGUCAACUUCAUCAAUGGAUAGAUCUCAUAUUCGGCUACAAACAACGCGGAACUGAGGCAGUCAGAGCAACAAAUGUUUUCUAUUAUCUGACUUAUGAAAAUGCCAUCAACUUGAAUGAAAUUACUGAUCCAAUAGAGAAAAUGGGACUUAAGGAUCAAAUCCGUAACUUUGGGCAAACCCCAUGUCAACUGUUAGCUGAGACGCAUCCUCCAAGAAGUUCAAGAAUGCAUAUGACACCCAUGAUGUUCAAAGAUUCCACGUCUCAAGAUGUUGUUAUGGUCCUCAAAUUCCUUUCUAAUUCUCCAGUGACUCACGUAGCAGCCAACACUCAUCCCAGCCUGCAUAACCCAGCUGUCGUGACUUGCACACAGAACCUGCAAUUCUGUAUCAACAAAUGGAACCAGGUCCAAGGAUCUCAAGCAAAGCAAAACCCGAAUGAUCAGUCGAAACAAAUUCUACCAAUUGAACCAGACCAGCUUAUGAACACCCAAGGAGCACUAUGUCGUCGUCAGAUCAGCGACAUGCUCGACCAAAGUGUGAGCGUUCUAAGUUCUUGUUUCGUGGUUACCGCUGACAACCGAUACCUUGUCUCAUGUGGAUACUGGGAUCGAAGUAUACGAAUUAUUGCUACUGAUACUGGAAAGCUAAAUCAAGUAAUAUUCGGACACUGGGAUGUGGUAACAUGUCUUGUGCGCUCCGAUACUUACAUUGGCGGCGACUGCUACAUUGUCUCGGGCUCACGAGAUGCCACUCUACUUCUCUGGUACUGGAAUGGCAGAAGAAAUAGAAUAAUUGGAGAUUCGUCAAGUCCAGCAGAGAACCCAUCUCCACGAGCUGUACUCACUGGUCACGAUACUGAACUAAUUGCUGCUAGUGUUUGUGCUGAACUAGGCCUUAUAGCAAGCGCUUCAUUGAACGGACCUGUAUUACUGCACACAAUCACAGGAGACUUACUGAGGACGCUACAACCGAGUGAGGAGGCCAUAGGGGAAAAGGAAUUGAGCCUUAGUCCAUAUCUUUUGAAAUUCAGUAGCGAAGGCAUCGUGUAUGUUGCUUACAAGAACGGACUUGUCUGUAAUUUCACAAUGAAUGGAAGGAGCUUGACGCAUAGGAAACUGGAAGAUGGAAUCAAGGCAAUCACACUGAGCACUGAUGGAGACUAUUUACUCACUGGAGGAGACAAGGGCAUUCUACAGGUCUGGGACUCUUGGAAAUUGAAGCAUUUGUACACCUACCCACAAUGUGAUGCCGGGAUAAGGGAUAUUGACAUAUCUCAUGAUCAGAAGACCGUUAUCACUGGUAUGACAUCGGGAAGCAUUGUCGCAUUUCGCAUCGAUUUCAACAAAUGGCAUCACGAGUUCCAGAACAAAUACUGAUGUCUAGAUAUUGAGGAAAAUAGCGAUGAAGACAAUCAAAUGACUACAAUAUGAUGUCAUAAACAAUAUAUUGAGAAAAUCAUUAUUAGGUCAUAAUUGUGGCAAUCUAUGAUAUUGUGAUAUAAUAAUAUAACCAUGUUCUCAUACUAAUUUUACUUUAUUACAUCAUACUCAUUGUAAAAACUUUUGUUUGGUAUAAUUUUUGAGAAAGGUACAUGUAAUUUUAAGUAUAUAUAUGUUAUGCAUGUUUUACCGGACCAAAAUUGAAUGAGGGGGCCAUUUUCUGUUUUCAAAAAUUGCUCAAUAUCAUUGUAACUGUACUGUAAUUAAACCAUUUUAUCGGCUUUCCACUCUCUUGGAUCUGGGAAUAAAUGUUAAAAAAUUUCCUUCAGGUAUGAAACACCAUGCUAGAUUGGUAUGAAAUGUUGAAUACCAUGCUAAAUUGGUAUUGAAUGCUGAAAUACCAUACCAGAAUGGUGUGAAAUGCUGAAAUACCGCGCUAAAUUGGUAUUAAAUGUUAAAAAACCAUGCUAGAUUGGUAUAGAAUGUGAAAUACCAUUCUAGAUUGGUACGAAAUGCCAUGCUGGACUGGUAUUAAUGGUUGAUAUUAUGCUGAUGUAUUGAAUAUAGCGUGCAAGUGUAAAAUAUACCAGUUUUCUAAAGUAUAUACAACAGAAUUAUCUGGUUAUCUAUUCCCAUACCAUACUUAAGACUUGUUAGUUGGUACUAUAUAAAAGGACUUGAUCGCCCAUAUGAUUUACCCGUAUUAUCAGCUUUCCUUUCUCAGAGAUAAAUAUGAAAAAGUCUUAUAUAUCUAUCUAUAUAAACAGAUGAUUUUUUGAUAAUUUUUAUGCUGUAUUGUAAUUUUAUGUUAUCAUGGUGCUUAUGGAAAUUUAUUGUGUUUUUUCUAGUUCUUAUGGAGUUCAUUGUAACCUGGUACCGGUAUCUCUUUAAAUAAGGCUUUGGACAAGCAAGUACUUAUGAGUUUCAUAUUAGUCGUUAAUUUUGCGGCCAUAAAAGUACUUACGUGUAGCUUAGAAUUUGAGUAUGUACUUGGGUCACAAUAUUUUACAAAAUUUGGGUUGCUUGAAAAAAUUUUCGUGACCACUGGCUUAAAUAAAUCAUGUAUAGAUAAAGAAUACGAAAUUAAUGACUGGUUAACUGUUUCCAUACUUGACAUGGCUCGUGACCAGGCGAGGGGGUGGUCCACCAUUCAUUGAGGGUGGCUGUCAGUUGUUGAUUUUAGCAGCCUAGUUCAAACGUAAGGUAUGAAAACAUCUAACAGAAUAUAAAAAUUUCAAUGUCCACCCAAUACCACAGAAAAUAAUCAAUUACUGCUUUUUUAGGAGCCAAAUGAUUCUUUUCCUCGCCAAAGCUAGUAAGUUACUGCUUGUUGUAGUCUCGUUUAAAGUGUGGCAUAAAAUAUCGAUGUCUACCCAAUACCAUAGGAACCAAUUCUUUGCUCUUGUCUAGAGCUGUAUUAGAAGUAAAAUUGUGCUGGAACAUUGAAA